AUGGGGAACUGGGCUGUCAACCACUGGUUUUCAGCCCUGGUGAUCGCUGUUUGGUUAGCAUUGAAUAUAUACCUUUUUGUGACAUAUUUCCUGAUAUUUGAUAGAGGUGAGCAGUACUACUACACCAGACAGAUUCUUGGGUCUGCGUUGGCAUGGGCUCGGGCUUCGGCCAAGUGCCUGAACUUCAACAGUAUGUUGAUCCUUCUGCCCAUUUGCCGGAAUCUCCUCUCCUUCGUGAGAGGCACCUGUCGGUUUUGCAGGCGCACCAUGAGACGGCAGCUGGAUUAUAACUUGGCCUUCCAUAAACUGGUGGCUUAUAUGAUUGCUCUUCAUACAGCGAUUCACGUCAUUGCUCACUUGUGCAACAUUGAGUGGUACAUUGAUGCUCAGCAAAAAACCGAUGAGAGCUUGCCUUCCAUCUUAUCCCACCUGCAUAAGACGGAGAGUGUGUGGUUAAAUCCCAUCCAUUCCAAUUCUACCAUUCCUUUAUUCGUGGCCUUCACCACCAUUCCUGGCCUGACGGGUGUGAUCAUCACUUUGGCACUCAUUCUCAUGAUCACUUCUUCCAUGGAACAAAUCCGCAGAAGCUAUUUUGAAGUCUUCUGGUAUACCCAUCAUCUUUUUGUCAUCUAUUUUGCUGGCCUUGUCAUCCAUGGCAUCGCAGGUCUUGUUCGUGGGCAAACAGCCGAAAGUCUGAUGAAGAAUAACCCCAAGCAGUGUGCACAUCACCCUACCCAGUGGGGCUCCAACAGCAGCCAUCCCUAUUGUGAAGUGCCGGAGUUUGGGAGUAUUCCGGCUGAGUCCUGGAAGUGGGUGCUGGCACCUAUUAUUCUCUAUGCAUUUGAGCGAGCACUAAGGAUUUGGCGUUCCUGCCAGAAAGUGAUUAUUACAAAGGUCAUCCUGCAUCCCUCCAGAGUACUGGAAAUUCAGAUGAGCAAGACAGGUUUCAGCAUGGAAAUCGGACAGUAUGUGUUCCUCAACUGCCCCGCCAUCUCCUAUCUAGAGUGGCAUCCAUUCACUCUCACCUCGGCCCCAGAGGAAAACUUCUUCUCUGUCCACAUUCGGGCAGCAGGUGACUGGACGGAGGCCUUGACUGACACCUUGCAGCAGCCAAACUCACCCAUGCCCAGAGUAGAAAAGUCCUAAUACCACCUACCAGGAAAACCGUGUCGGUCACUCGAUGUCUUCCAGUAUGAGGUGGCCAUGUUGGUGGGAGCUGGGAUCGGGGUGACUCCCUUUGCUUCAGUCCUGAAAUCCAUCUGGUACAAGUUCCAACAUGGUGACCAGGAACUUCAGACCACAAAGAUUUACUUCUACUGGAUUUGCCGAGAAACGGGAGCGUUUGCCUGGUUCAAACACCUCCUUUCCUCCUUGGAGCAAGAGAUGGAGGCAUCUGGUAGAGCAGAUUUCCUAAGCUACCAUCUCUACCUCACUGGCUGGAACAGAAGCAUGGUUGGCCAUGCAGCUCUCCAUUUUCAGAAGUCUACUGACCUGGUGACAGGUCUGAAGCAAAAAACCUCUUUUGGGAGACCCAUGUGGAAUAAUGAAUUUUCAGCAGUGGCAGCCACACACCCCAAGUCUGUUGUGGGUGUGUUCUUGUGUGGACCAGCGCAACUGGCAAAGACCCUGAGAAAGUACUGCAGUCAGCACUCUAGUCUGGAUCCCAGAAACGUCCAGUUUUACUUCAACAAAGAGAACUUCUGAAACCGCAGGACCCAAGUCAGAAGGGGAAAACUAUUAAAUGCUUCACUGAACUGAGUAAUGACCGCCAGACCCGCGUUUGCAACUUUUAACGGGCGGUGUGCGCACUGCUUUCAAGUUUGCAUAUUGUGGGCGUAACUUUUUUUCUAUUUAUUUUUUUACACUUAAAUAGCCAAAAUGUGAACUUUAAAAAAAAGUGCUGGGAGCCAAUUGAGACUAAUAAAUGGGCUCCUUCCGAUUAUAUAGAUAAAACCAGAUUCUCUCUUUUGGUGAACUGUGAUAUCAGGAUCAACAUCAACUCACAAUUAUUAUUUUUUCUGCUGCUCUCUGGCAAAAAGUGCAAGCUGAUGACUUUUUGUACUGUUGACAGGCAAUUUGGGGGCAAAAAUGUUCAAAUAACCGAGCCUGCGAAAUGCGGUCCUUCCCAAAGCUGCAGUAAAAGAAUGGCCCAUUCAAAUAUUUGAUU